UCAAAGUGUGUGGAUAUGGCUCACUGGCUUACUUUCCUUUAAAGGCUCAUAAAUAACCCCAAUUAACAGAAAUCUCUAACCCAAUCCUCCCUAGCUUCCUCAUAACAUUUGUUGUGUUUACCCAUUUAGUGGGGUAGUUGUACUUGUACAUUUCUUUCGGAGAGGACCACAAAAUGGAUGCCUUAUCUUCUUCUUUCCUCUCUACUUUCUCCACCCAAAAGCUUCUCUACCGAACAACACCACCACCACCAUCAUUAUCUCCUAUCCUCAAUGUUAGGAUUGAAGAAAAGCCCCAACAAACCACAACAACAAAAACUACACAACCCAUUUCCACUUCAACCACCCCACCUCCAAAAACAACGUCCCAAACCCCAUCCUCCAUAAGAUCAUCAUCAUCAUCAUCAUCUUCAAAAGUAGAGCCAUCAGUGCCAGCACUGAUUUUCAAUGCAUUAGACGACAUAAUCAACACCUUCAUAGACCCUCCUAUCAAACCAUCGGUGGAUCCAAAACACGUUCUCUCCCAAAACUUUGCUCCUGUACUCAACGAGCUUCCCCCAACAGAAUGUAAAGUAAUACAAGGCUCACUCCCACCAUCUUUGAACGGUGCAUACAUUCGCAAUGGCCCGAACCCUCAGUUCCUCCCCCGGGGCCCUUAUCACCUAUUCGAUGGUGACGGCAUGCUUCACUCUUUACGCAUCUCACAAGGCAAAGCCUCGCUUUGCAGCCGAUACGUGAAGACAAACAAGUACACGUUGGAACGCGAGGCAGGGUUUCCACUAUUUCCCAAUGUUUUCUCUGGUUUCAAUGGCCUGACUGCCUCAGCAGCACGUGGUGCUUUAUCUGCUGCUCGAAUCCUUACAGGUCAAGUUGAUCUUUCCAAUGGCUUUGGCCUGGCGAAUACGAGUUUGGUUUUGUUUGCGAAUCGUUUGCUUGCACUAGGCGAGUCGGAUUUGCCUUACUCGGUGAAACUGAGCUCAAACGGAGAUAUAGAAACUUUGGGACGCUACGAUUUUGAUGGGAAACUUUUUAUGAGCAUGACUGCUCAUCCUAAAAUCGACUCCGACACCGGUGAAGCCUUUGCGUUUCGAUACGGCCCGGUUCCUCCAUUUUUGACCUACUUCAGGUUCGAUAAAAAUGGAGUGAAACAACCAGAUGUGCCCAUAUUCUCCAUGACCCGUCCUUCUUUUUUGCAUGACUUUGCUAUAACAAAGAAGUACGCGAUAUUUGCUGACAUACAAAUUGGGAUGAACCCAUUGGAAAUGAUAGCAGGAGGGUCUCCUGUGGGAUCAGACCCGUCGAAAGUGUCGAGAAUUGGAGUGAUACCUCGAUAUGCAAAGGACGAGUCUGAGAUGAAAUGGUUUGAUGUGCCCGGGUUCAAUAUUAUACAUGCUAUAAAUGCAUGGGAUGAAGAAGAUGGCAAUGUAAUAGAGAUGGUUGCACCCAACAUAUUGUCUGUGGAACACACCUUGGAGAGAAUGGAACUUAUUCAUGCGUUGGUGGAGAAAGUGAGGAUCGACCUCAACACAGGGAUUGUAAAAAGGUAUCCCAUAUCAGCGAGGAAUCUAGAUUUUGCGGUGAUAAAUCAGGCAUAUGUGGGGAAGAAGAACAAGUAUGUGUACGCGGGGGUGGGUGAUCCAAUGCCAAAGAUAUCUGGGGUGGUGAAGUUGGACUUGUCCAAAGGAGAUCAACGUGAAGAUUGCACUGUGGCAAGUAGAAUGUAUGGGGAAGGGUGUUAUGGGGGAGAGCCUUUUUUUGUGGCAAGAGGGGCUGCAGAGAAUUUGGAUGCAGAAGAGGAUGAUGGGUAUGUUGUGUCUUAUGUGCAUGAUGAGAAUACAGGAGAGUCAAGGUUCUUGGUGAUGGAUGCCAAAUCUCCCAAUCUUGAUCUUGUUGCCACCGUGAAGCUCCCACGCAGGGUUCCCUAUGGGUUCCAUGGAUUAUUUGUUGCGGAAAGUGACCUCAACAAGAUAUAGCAAAAUUAUAGAGAGUACAAUAAUGUCAAACCAUCUCAUAUGAAUAGUAAAUCUCAUUGAUUUAAUUUAAUUUUUAUUAGAUUCUCCAAAAAAAAUUUAAAUUUUUAUUAAUGAGAUUCACUAUUCAUAUUAUAAGUUUUAUUAUAAUGUGAGAAGAAGGAGUUUGACAAUGUUAUACACAUAAUAAAUUUCACUAAUCAAGAUUGUAAGUUAUGAUUA